GAUGCUUGAAUGAGGUGUAUACGGGAGAAGAGGGGGAGAGGACGGAGUAAAAGGCAGGAAGGGGGGGUAUCAGCGAGGACCCGGUGAGGUUUUGAGGCAAUGUCUGUCUGCUUUUUCCCCUCUGCUCUCUUGAUAACCUGAAUCUUUGCCGGAUGUGCCACAACUACUCCAGCUGUCACUGCACCGGCUGCCUCUCUCUCAGUACUCCCGCAGCCUGCGAGGGCUGCUCCAGUUGCUGGACGGCACCCUGGCACCCUCUGAAUACAUGGAUAAACACUGGAUCCACAGGGGAUCUGUGUUUUCUCAUCCUUUACACCUCUGAUCUGUUUCUCAAGGAAAUAUGGUGAGCAAAGAGGACACCAAAUGUGUUGUUCUCUCAAAUUCAGAUGAGUCAGAUUCAGAGACAGGCCCAUCACACAGCCUCGAAGCGCAGUCUGGUCCAGAGUCAGGAAAGCAGCAGGUGAAGAAAAGAAACAAGGCUUUACAAGUGCGCUUUAAGGAUAUCUGUGACGCUCAGAAUGAGCAUCGGGGAAGGCGCUCCAGAUCCAUUUCCUGCAAAGUGACGCACAGAAAGUACAUGACCAUGCCUGCCAGACGCUCUAUUCCAAACGUGACCAAGAGUACUGGUGUCCAGACAUCUCCAGACCUCACUAAACGAUACAAGACUUUCCCUUUUGAGAGGAAAAAGGGACACACAUUCAAACACACUGCUUUGGUGGAAGAUUACAAAGGACAAAACAAUGGAUUUCUGAGUGAUAUAAAGGCCGGAGGAGAGGAUGGACAACCUAUUGGAGAGUCCUCUAAGUACAAGGGAAAGAUUGUAGGCCAGACAAAGGCACUGCUUCACCACACUGAUGACAGCAGUGAUACGGAGGAUUUGCUUUCCAGUGCCAACUGCGUGGAUGGACCCUCAUGUCCAGACUCCUCGCAUUUCUCAGAAGAGAGCCAUCCAAGCAGCCCUCCGUCCAAAAGUGAACCAGAAUACCAGGUUUGUGGGACGAGGACCAAACACAAAGGAUUACCCAAAGAAGACAUGGAGGCUGGCACUUCAUCAAAACGCCAACUGGCUGAUUCUGAGUUUUCACAGGACAAGCCAAAGGGAUCGGGCCCCGUUGCGUGGAACUCGUUGACACAGGUGGAGUCUUUAGGAAGCCCCUCUGUGAGCUGUAAACGGAAAAAGGAUACACAGCUAAAUGAACAGCAAUCACAGACACUUCCCCACAGUGCCAAAUGCUCUGUACAGUCACAAGGGCAGCGUCGGACAAGGCAUGUAUCAGCCUCCUCCAAACUCCAGCAAACAGUUGGAGGGGGUGAGGGCUUUCCUUCUGGAGGCACGGGAGCCCCAGGCAUGGGGAGCAGCCAGCAGAUAAUGCCUUUAUCUGGAGACAAGGAUAUCAAAGCACAGCUGCAGGCCAUGGAGAGUCUCAUCAACUCAAGCCAGGAGACCAUCAAGGUCCUUCUUGGAGUUAUUCAGGAGCUUGAGAAAGGUGAAGCACAGAGAGAGGGGCUCUCCUACCGAACAGGACAAGACACGGCGAACUGUGACACUUGUCGAAACAGCGCCUGCAUCAUUUACAGUGUUGAGCUGGACUUUAAGCUACAGGAGGACAAACUACAGUCCCUGAUGAAGAGACUUUGCCCCCUCGACAGCCAACAAUGCCCCGCUCUGCCUUACUCCAAUGAAGUGUUCACAUCCACCCCGAAACGCAAGUCCAAGACAGAGUCCAAAAAGCAUGCUCGUUGGAAACUCUGGUUCCUCUGAAUAAUACACGAAGGCUCCGGAAACGGCCUUUUUGGUGGGCAUGUUAAUACCCCUGUUAUACUGAAACCGGUUGAAGGAAUAUUCAGAUGGGGUAAUCAACCCGUGAGAAUGGAUGAUGAUGGAAAGUGAUUUAAGGUUCUGAGCUGAGACUGCACACGAGGACAGCCGGGAACAGCAGAAACAAAACAAACAAACAAACAAACAAAAAAAAGUAACAUUUUUAAAUUCAGUCUAACCCUUUUCUGGUAUGUUUGCUGGAGAGGAUCGACACACACCUGCAAAAACUAGGUGAGCUUUGACACACAUUUUUGUUCAUGCAUUUUAUAAGCUGUGUAUUGAUGGAUGUCAUUCGUGUACUGGCUAAACGCACCCAUCACUUUAUAGCUCAAUCUUUUUUUUUUAUGUUGCAUCUUCCAGUGAAUGCAAUGCACUUUUGGUCUUUUCCCCCUUAGAGCAUAUUGCUUGGCAACAACAGGAGGCGCCAUGCGGAGGGUCUUUUAUGAGUGAAGCUAUAUUCUUUCAAUGGACAUCAGCCCCCACCUCCAGUAAAGCACAAACAUUUGACUAUUGAGAGGAACACGUGUAAAAGACUGAAUCACAGUACUGUACACGACAGUAUGUCAGCGCUGUUCUUAUAACUUCUGUCCUCUUCCUCCUUAUCUGUUACCAUCCUGCUCACUUUGUCCGUUUGACUCCUUGUCCGCCUGCCUUUGCUAAUAACCCGUCUCCUCCCUCUCUUUCUCCCUUUUAUCCCCUUUUCGUCCUUCUUCCUCUUUAUGUAGCUCACUGCGCAACCAACUAGCCAGCCAACUUUGCCUCAGUCAUCCUGCAAUUUUUUUUUUCUGUUCCUAAACUGACGCGUGAUGUUCAGAAUGUAUAUUUUAGAUAAUCUGCAUCUUUUUAGCAAAGUACUGUGAAAUUAAAUUUUACAACUUACACGUUUCGGCCCCUCAUCUUGAAGCAGGUGCAACUGUUAAAAAUAAAGAGCAAGUAUUCUGGGUUAGGUCGGAUUUUUAACAACAUAUAAAAUGUUUUGAUUAAGGCAGAGUAUUUUCUAUGAUACACAGUGUUUGGUUUUUAUUUGGUUUCCAAUCUCCGACAAAAUAGUAAAGGCUUUUCUAACAUGUCUCUUGGCUCCGGUAAGAGUUUGCAUUGCCUCUCAGUCCCACAGCGUGUUGCAGCAAAGCAUUUAUACGUGAAAUCUUUUUCCUGUCCUGUUAUCUAACACUAUUUAUAGUGUAAAUACUAGUAUUUUGGAAUACGGAUCUUUCUUGCCAUUUGACUGCAAAUUUCAUUUAGCAAACAGAGCUGCUUUUUUUUUUUUUUUUUCUGUUUUGCAAAAAUCAAAACAGAACGCCGAACACGUGUCUAACAACCCACACAAACAACUGUGCACUGAACUUGCAGCAAGAGCAGAAGGGCUAUACACAGUGCUAAAGGACUUCGGUAGCAGUAUCACAGCAGAAAAGACUUGUAGCCACCAGCUUUGGCCGAGGACAAAAAAAAAGAAAAAGAAAAAACCCACUGAGGAUGUAGCAAUGAUCCUGAUUUUGCACGCUGUUACAAAGCAGGUAUUUACUGAACUCCUUGAAGUACUUUUAUAACAGCUGCUCUCAUGUAGAUUACGGUACUGUUAAAUGUACAAGAAACGUCAGGAAGACACAUACAGGCCUCCCAUCGUUAGAUCAUACAGUAGGUUACAUUAUUCAGGUCACCAUGCAAAGAUCUGUACCUUGAGAAAGUGCAAUUUAGGGAUUAUGUGCAAUAUUAUGCAUUUUUCUACUGUUUCUACAUCACGAUUAAAACAUUUUCAACUGAA